AUGGGCAUCGGCCUAGACUCGCCAUCCUCUGGAGGCAUUGUGCCACGGUUCAUUGACUCGUUGUUUGGCGAACUUGCCAAACGCCAGACGUCGCCUGAAGUGUACGUCUCCUUUCUAGAGCUGUACAAUGAGGAUCUCGUUGAUCUUUUGAACCCAGCAGUCAAGCGUGGCGAGGGGCUCCAUGUCUCCAUUCGCGAAGAUGCCCAAGGCAACAUCUGCUGGAUGGGUGUGCGUGAAGAGCCCGUGGCCAGUCCCAGAGAGCUGCUAGAAUUGCUGCAAAAGGGUUCCAUUGCACGUACCACAGCAUCCACCGAUAUGAAUCGCUCCUCCUCACGGUCACAUGCCAUUUUUUCGGUGAUCCUCAAGCAAUCCAUGGAUGAUGGCAGCCGUCUCACUUCAAAGUUCCACUUUGUCGAUCUUGCUGGCUCAGAACGGCUGAAACGAACCAAUGCAGUCGGAGACCGUGCCAAGGAAGGUAUCUCAAUCAACACCGGCCUGUUGGCUCUCGGCAAUGUCAUAUCGGCCUUGGGCGACGAGUCCCGGAAAGUGUCCCACAUUCCAUACCGUGACUCCAAACUCACGCGCCUCUUGCAGGAUUCUUUGGGCGGCAACAGCCAGACCCUGAUGCUUGCAUGCGUCUCGCCUGCAGACAGCAACUACACCGAGACACUCAACACUUUGAAAUACGCAAACCGUGCUCGCAACAUUCGAAACCGAGUCGUCGUCAACCAAGAGUUCAAUGGCGCGGACCCGGCCUGUGUCGAAAAACUUAAAGCCCAGAUCAUCCGCCUCAAGGAGGAGCUCAGGGGCAAUGACGAGUUCCUGCAUGCAGUCAAUGACGAGAUGGACACGCUCAAGACAGAGGUCGUCGCAAUGAAUGGGACCCUGAGUCAGAUGACCAACGAAUUGGCUUGCACCAAAUACGAACGUGAUCGAUUGAAAAAGCUCGUCGAGCAAAACUACGACCCCGCUUCUUAUGGAGCUGUGGCUGACGCCGUUCAAGAUGUGGAAGAUAGUUUGGUGUCCGAGUAUUGCCAGACCAUUGAAAAACUCAGAGCUGAAAACGAAACGCUCAAGCAGCAGCAGCAUCAGCAGCAGCAUCAACAGCAGCAGCAUCAACGACGCAUGAGCAAAAGUGAAGAAGACGAUCUGGCAACUUUGGUUGGAUCUUCAACCAGUCAUGAAGUGGCUGUGCCAGCAGCUACAGCCGAAAAGACACCCAAGGCCAAGAAGCGCCACAGUUAUCGCUUUGGUUCGAAACGAUCCGUGCGCGGCCGUCGUCGCCUGAGCGUCAACCAUUCACCCAAAAAUCAGCGAACCUCUUCGAUGAACAAUGUUUGGAAAUCCAUCGAGCAGGCCAAGGCCAGCUUGGCAGAAGAAACAACAUUCCUCAAAUCUGCAGAAAACCCGUGGGUCCGAGGCGUAUCUGCACCACCCACGCCCGAAGACGACGGUCUGCUUUCAAACGACCCCAGAAUUCUCAGUUUCGCAGACUCAUUUGGCUCUGUUCUACCCAUCUACGAACCAUGUCGCAAUAACAAAAACAAUAUCAACAACAACAUGAAAAAAGGCAACGGCCUCCGUCGAUCGAGCAAAGAUCACCACGACAACACGCUACUGCUCACCAAAUUACAAACAUGCGUAAAUGGCAAGCAGCAACUAGUCCAGCUUUUGGAAAAGUGCGAAUCGCAACGCAUGGAGCAAGUACAGCAAUACGAGGCCAAACUAGCCGACGCACAGGCCAAAAAGAAAGAAGCUCAAGUCCAGUUCCGUCGAGACAUGAGUGAACAGAAAUCGCAAUACGAAAGCCGGAUCAAGAAAUUGUCGACCGAGCUGUCGGUCCUGAAGCGCAAGCACGCACAGACCCUCACGAGCGCCGAAUCCGCACGGACCAAGAGCAAUGCCGUGAUCCUGAGCCUCAAGUCGAAACUCGACAAGGCGAACCAGGAGAAGAAAAAGAUGACCAAGCGCAUCAAGCAAGACUCGGAUCGUACACGCGAACGAUGCAGUAGCUACGAACGCGAGAUCACCAAGCUGAAGCGGAACGAGACCCAGGCUGUUGCUGCACGCAAACGGAUCGAGCGGGAUGUGUCCAUGCACAAGGCGACCGCCAAGCGCGCCACCGAAGAAAUGGCCAUGCUGAGUGGCCAGAUGAAACAGGUGGCGCUCCUGCUCAAGAAAAUUCUGACGUGCGGCAAACUGGAUCGACAGGUGCUGACCAAAGCCAUGGCGUGUGCAAGCGUACGCGGCUGCAUCGUACGUCAAUCGCUCAACAAACGCGGAUCGUUCAAACUGGCCUCGUUACAACAACGGGUGUUCCAAAAGAAACGGCUCAUCCAUCGCGCGCUGGCGCUGCACAUCAAGAGCUGUCACAAAGAAAUGCAAGACCUGUGCCAAAAGCGAGACCGGUUACAAUGCGAGCAGAAGGAACUGUUAGCCGAGCGCGAGCUUGUGCUUGACGGUGACGAUCCGGCAGAACCCCAAUACAUGGAUGAUCGGAUCGAUACGAUCACCUUGGAACUCGACUACCUGGAUUUCCAGAUCAACCAGCUGCAACAGUCGCCCGAAUGGUCGGAUGUGGUCGAUAAGGAGUUGCAGAUCGAUUUGGCCGAUCCGGAAACGAACAGCCAGGUCGCGUAUCAGGUCGCGCUCUCCUUGGUUCGCUCACUGGAGCCAGAUGAGGCGCGUUUAGUGUCUGAGGCGCUCAUGGAUGAGGUCAUUGAGCUGCGCAAGUUGCAGUCGACAAGUGUGAUGGCCCGGUCGUCGGAUAUCGUCGUGCAAAAGGCCCAGCAGGCUCUGGUGACGAUGCGACGCGAGCCCUCCGACCUUGUCUUGCUCAAAGCAUUACAAGGCCCUGUCCACAUCUCUAAUGGACUUCUUUUACCGUCAACUUGUUAA